AUGGGUAGUCUCGGCACGAACUUAGCCCUAACUCCACACAGUGAAUUCAAGCAAUUAGAUCCCGAGGAAUUCCGAAAACAAGCCCAUCAGACUGUAGACUUUAUCGCUGACUACUACAAAAGUAUCGAGAGCUACCCGGUUCUGAGCCAGGUUCGACCGGGUUAUCUCCGUGACCGUCUUCCAGAUGCUCCACCUUACAACCCUGAACCGUUUGAAGCUGUACUGAAGGAUGUGGAAAGAGACAUAAUCCCUGGCAUGACCCAUUGGCUUAGCCCGAACUUCUUCGCUUACUUCCCUGCAACGGUGAGCACAGCUGCCUUUGUGGCAGAGAUGUUGUGCACUUCGUUCAACUCGGUCGGUUUCACCUGGCUCGCUUCGCCUGCCGCAACCGAGCUUGAGACAGUCGUCAUGGACUGGCUUGCUAAAAUGCUUAAGCUGCCAACAUCCUUCAUGUUUGAAGGCACUGGUGGAGGUGUCAUACAAGGCACGACCAGUGAAGCCAUACUCUGCACGGUCGUCGCUGCCAGAGAUCGAGAGCUCUUGCGCAUUGGAGAGGAGAACUUUGGUAAGCUUGUCGUGUACGCCUCUGACCAGACCCACUCUACGUACACAAAAGCAUGCAGGAUUGCUGGAAUUUCCCCUCACAACAUACGAUUAAUACACACGACGGCUGAAACCGAUUUCUCUCUGGACCCCGUUCUUGUCCGUAAAACAAUAGAAGCUGACAUGGUGGCUGGAUUGUAUCCACUUUACCUCUGUGCCACUGUGGGGACCACCUCGUCAACUGCCAUCGAUCCAUUGGGAUCUUUGGCAGACGUGGUUAAAGACUACGGCGUGUGGCUCCACGUGGAUGCAGCUUAUGCUGGCAGCGCAUGCAUCUGUCCUGAGUUCCGUCAGUAUCUCGAUGGCAUCGAAGGAGCCGAUUCGUUGAGUGUCAGCCCACAUAAAUGGCUCCUCACUCACCUAGAUUGCUGCUGCUUGUGGGUCAAAUCUCCGAGUUUACUAAUGAAAACCUUAAGUACUAACCCAGAGUACCUGAAGAACAAACCCAGCGAGUUGAAAUCGGUGGUGGAUUACAAGGAUUGGCAGGUGGGAACCGGGCGGAGGUUCCGUGCGCUCCGGCUGUGGAUGGUGUUACGUUGCUGUGGUGUGGCAAACCUCCAAGCCCACAUCCGGACGGAUAUUCAAAUGGCGAAAAUGUUCGAAGGGUUCGUGAGGGCUGAUCCACGGUUUGAGAUCGUUGUUCCACGACGGUUUGCAUUGGUGUGUUUUCGGCUGAAACCCGAUCCCGGAACCGGAGGAAGUGCAACGGCGGUCGAGUUGUUGAAUAGGAAGCUACUAGAGCGGAUCAACUCUACGGGUGGAGUUUACAUGAUACAUUCGAUCGUUGGUGACAUGUACAUGCUUAGGUUUGCAGUGGGAGCCACAUUCACGGAGGAGCGCCACGUCAUUGCAGCGUGGAAGGUCAUUCAGCAAGAAGCUGAUGCAGUGCUUGGGGAGGAAUUAGGAAUGAAAUGA